AUGAAGUGGAAUUUCUGGAGAAGCCGUAGUCGCCGGCCGGAGCCGGUGCGGGUGCAGGUUCUUGCAGAUGCUUCGCUGGCCGAUCACAGUGUGGCAGUGAGAAGGGAGAGGGCAGCGCUCCGGAUCCAGACCGCAUUCCGUAGUCUUUUAGCUAGAAGAGCAUUAUGCGCUUUGAAAGGGAUCGUGAGGCUUCAAGCGCUGGUGCGAGGUUGGCUGGCGAGGAAGCGGGCAGUGGCCGCGCUUGAAUGCUGGCGGGCUCUGCUGCGAGUUCAAGCGCGCAGUGUUCAAGCGCUUGAACACCGUAACCAAGGACGCCGCGUAAAGGACGCAGAGGAUGGAUGGUGUGACAGUCGGUGCACAGUGGAAUCGAUCAAGGCGAAGUUACAGAUGAGGAGAGAUGGAGCUUGGAAAAGAGAGCGUGCGAUGGCUUAUUCUCUUCGCAACAAGCAACGGAGGGAUAAAUUGAAGAAGCCUAAACUGAGCGAGCAUCCUACGUCAUCAUCGUCGACCUUUAUCGACGAGCAAGAGCUGGAGAGAAUUAAUUCUUGUUUGAGGAGGUUAAAACCAUGGGAGCAAAGGUUCAUGGAAGGAACAGAGGAGAGUAGUUCUGUAGGAAAAGAUGUCGCCCAGUGCAAAUACAAGGGGGCUUUAAGAAAUCACAAGGAGAGAUGCUUCCAUUAUGAGACGUUUCCAUCGUCAUCUUCUUCUUCCUUUUCUUCAUCAUCUCCAGUCGAACAAUAA